AUGUUCUUCAUCCACCAUCCCCUCAGCGACGUCCUGAGCGACAAAACAGCUCGCGGACACAACGCCCACACAGAUGUUGGAUCAUUCACUCUUCUCUUCACAGAACAGCCAGGCUUACAAGUAAUGUCGCCCACCAUUAAUAAAUGGGAAUACGUUGCUGCAAAACCAGGUCAUGCGAUUAUUAACGUCGCUGAUACACUUCGCUUCAUUUCUAAACGGCGCUUUAGAUCGGCUAUGCAUAGAGUGCUGCCUCCCGGGGGUAAGAUGGUGGAGGACAGAUACUCGGCAGCUUAUUUCCUGCGGGCCAGUGAUAUUGCUGUUUUCAAGGGGAUGGAUGGGGAGGAGGUUACGGCGGAGCAGUGGUUUCUUAGCAAGUAUAGUAGUUUUAAUAAGACUAUGGAGGAGCAGAGGGUCGAUUCUGUUGCCACGGGUGGCAUGGAUAAAGAUCUUGGGUUCCAGGUUUGA